AAAACAAUUCGAAAGGUAAAUUGCAAAAACCCUAGCCUUUACAUGAUGCGGCCGCCGAUUCCGAAAGCGAUACCAGAUGACGACGACGGCGACUUUUCACAGAUCAAAGGCUUCGAGGUUGAUGAUGAGUACGGCAAGAGGUUGUUGCACAACAAGAAUCGCGUGGAUCUGGAGCGACUUGAGGAGAUGAAGAAGAGAGGUCUCAUCGUGGAUGAGGAAGAUGAUGAGCCAGAAUCUGAGCCUGAUGAUGAUCUUGAUAACCCAGAAAGCGAUCUCAGAUUCGUUGAUGUGUUGCUUAAGGUAAAGAACAAGGAUCCUUCGAUUAUGGACAAAAAUGCUAAGUUCUAUGAGUCUGAUGAGAGUAGUGAAGGAGAUGAGAAGAAGAAGAAGAAGAAGAAGAAGGAAAAGAAGAAGAAGAAGAUGUAUCUGAAAGAUGUUCAGGCACAGCAUUUGCUUGAGGAAGGUCCUGAGUUUGUUGAGGAAGAUGAGGAGAGGAAGGUGACGACUUACGCUGAGCGGCAGAGAGAAUUGAGGAAGGCUGUUACUGAUGCUUUGGAAACUGGAGAGGACGAGAGUGAUGAUGAUGAUCUGUUUAGAGUUGUAGAGAAGGAAGGAGAUGAUGAUGAUGUGGAGGUUAACGAGGAGUUGGCUAAGAAAAUGGAUGAGUAUUUUGGUGAAAAAGCUGAGGAUUUUGAGAACCAGUUUUUGAAAGAUUACUUGGUGAAACAGCUGUGGAAGGAGAAAGAGAAGAUCGUAGUAGACGAGGCGGAGUUGGAUGAGUUGGAUGAUGACGAGGAAGCUGUUUGGGAUCAAGAGGAUUAUGAGAAUCUCUACAGGCACGAAGAGAAUGCUGGGGAGAUAAUUAUUAGUCAGUCUAGGGUUGUGGAUGGGUCGGUGAGGAAGAAGGACAGUGCUAGGAAGGCACAGAGGAAGAAAAGAAAGUGCUUUCUGUUGCUGGUUUUAAGGAUGGAGAAGAAUGUCCUCUAGAUGCGAAAGAUUUUGAUGAUGAGUUUGAUCCGGAAGAGUAUGAUAAGAUGAUGAAAGCUGCCUUUGAUGACAACUAUUAUGGUGCGGAGGAUUCAGAUUUGAACAGUGAUGGGGAUGAUGAUGGAGAGAAACCAGAUUUUGAUAAGGAAGAUGACUUGCUUGGACUUCCCAAAGAUUGGGAUGUGAUUCAGGGUGGGGAUGGUUUUGUGGCCGCUAGAGAAAAGGUUCUGAAGCAAAAGGAGAAGGUUAUUGAUGAUGAUGAAGAAGAAGAAGUAGAAGUAGAGGAGGAGGAGGUAGAGGAGGAGAAGGGGGCAGAUGGUAAGAGGAAGAGAAAGCGGAAAACGUCUCUAGUACAAAGAGCCAAAGAAGCUUUGAUGGAGGAGUAC